AUGACUUCUGCUGCGAACGCGCAGAACGUCCCGGCGCCGAACUCCUCCGCUCCCUCUGCCACUGCAUCCUAUGCUUCUGCUGUCGGUGCUUCUGGCAAGGCCGCUGCGACGCCGGUGAUCGUGACGGGCUCCUCUGCUCCUGUCGUGGUCAGCUCCUCUACGUCUGCUCCUACCCAGCCGGGUCACCAUGCCAAAUCUUCGUCGGUGUCACCUCUGAACGGUAACGCCGCGAACAAAUCCAACACCGCCACCAUGGCUUCCGGAGCCACCAGCAAGCACAUUGUGCCUGCUGUACCUGCUGUCAUCAACGGCAGCUCUGCCGACCACGCCCGAAAGAGCUCUGUGACCAUCAGUGCCGCGGGCCCCAGCGGCUAUGUCGCCAAUGGAGGUCCGGCUGGCGCUGGCCCAAAGGCUGGCAUGCCCAAGUUCGGCUACGAAUCGCCUGCUGUCGUUCACAGCACUCCUUCUCAGAACACUGCUGCGCCUAUCCCUAUUCCAGGCCACCAGCGGAUACCCUCGCCUGUCCCGUCUCCGUCUCCCAUCCCUCAGCCGUCUGCAAGUGGUGGCCGUCCGCCAUCCACUAUCUCCCAGGAUGGCUCGUCCAUGAAGUUUGGCAGCCUUGGCGGUGAUGGCGAUCGUCACAUGAAGCACAACACACCCAACUUGGGCCAGAACAACCUGCCCGUUGGCAAUCAGUCGCCACACUUCCGUCGCGGCUCGACGCACUCGAUCCACAGCGACAUUGGCAACCACGGCGGCCAUGGCAACCACGGCAACCAUGGACACGGCCACCAUGGCGGCCCUGGCCCCAACCGAGGCGGCUAUGGACCUCAGGCUGGUCGCGGCCGUGGCUAUAACAAUGGCCACCAGUUUGGCAACCAGUCUAUGGGCUACCCACCCGCUGGUGGUCCGUACCCUCGUGGCCCAUCCCAGGGUCGUGGCGGUAUGCCACCACAGUUCCAGCCCCGCGGCAUGCAGCCCGGCUUUGUUCAGAACUCGCCUCAGGCAGCACGUGCAAGCCCGGCUAUGGCACCGGCCGUCCCGAACCCUGGAACGCCGAUGAUGCAGACUGCUAUCCCCGCCAACACCGGUGUUAGCCCUGGAUACAUCAACUACGCUUACCAGCAAGCGGCCGGCUUCCCGCCGCAAGUAAACGUAAAUACUCCACUUUCUUUUUCGUCUCAACAACCCAAAAAGUUUCACCACUCCAGCCGGAAGGGCCAGUCGUCCUUCCACAGGGGCGGAGGCAAGAAGAAGGGCCUAAUUCGCGGCGAGAGAUCGUUUUCGCAGCCAGCUCUGGAGUCUGAAGCUGUGCUCGGCAAUGCUUACCCCCAGGACUUGAACAAAAAGGCAUCUCGCCGGCCCAUCAAGCGUUGGCCGGAUUCCAGUGAAGAGCAGCCCAACCAGACACAGCAGUUCGAGGCAGCCUCGGCCAUGGAGGCCUCGGCACCGUUUCAGCACUGGCAGGGGCCAGUGCCCCUACAGUAUCAGCCUACGACCGGCAACAGUGUACUGGAUGAUCUAUCGCCGACGAGUGGCAACUUCGAGCGCCUGCUAACUGCGAGAAAACAGACGUACCAGCCGUACCCAGGUCAGUAUAACAACCAAGGCAUGAUGGGCUACGCUGGCUACGGACAGGUGUCCUACAUGCCUGGACCGCAACAGUCUCCAGGGCCGGCAUACGCGCCAGCCUACGUGCCGAACCCAUACGCCCCACCUGGCCCACAGCCCAUGUCCCGCAACUCGUCGCAGGUCUCGGAGCGGCCGAACUCUAGCACCGGCCAGGGCCAGGUCGUGUCUGCCGGUCCCGGCGUCGGCGCCUCUGUCGCAGGUGUGCCGAAGAGUGCUCCCAACGGACCUUCUUUUGUGAUUCCCCGGAAAAGUGCUGCCAUCAUCAUCAAGAACGCACAGGGUGAGAUCCAGGAUUUCAAUGCCCUGAAGGCUCCUGCAUCUCCUGGACCGAAUGUCCCGGUUUCCAAGACGCCUCCGGUCAUCGCGUCGACCCCGACACCACCACCCAAGUCGGUCACUCCGUCUCACAGCCGGGCUGAGAGCACUGCUGCGGCGGCAAAGACUGCUGAGCAGCUACGGAAUGAGUUCAAGGAGCAGGUGCGGAAGACUGCCGAGGUCGAGGGCGAGAAGGCUCCUGAAUCUGUCGAGCCUGCUGCUGCAAAGGCAGAGGAGACGGUCAAACCCGCAGAGAAGACGGACGCUGCUGUCGAGCCGAAGAAGACUGCACCGGUGGCCGCAAAGGAGACUGCCCCGGCUGCUGCACCAAAGGCGGUCGAGGAGAAGAAGGCCCCGGCCCCUGUAGUGGUGAAGACUGAGACGGCUGCGGCUGUGCCGGAGAAGAAGGCAGAGCCUGCUGCGCCUGCUGCUCCUGCUGCCGCCCCUGCCGCUGCUCCUGUUGUCGACGAAGAGGACGAGACAGAGCGGAUGAUUCGGGAGAUGGAGGAGGCUGAGGCCAAGCGCGAGGCCGAGGAGGCUGCUUAUGCUGUGAAGAAGAAGAAGCUGGACGAGGAGAAGAAGAAGAAGGCCGACGCAGAUCGGAUCGCAUCGGCUGCCGAAAACGACCGGAAGCUGCGCGAGCAGGAACGCGAGAUGGAGCGGGUCGAGGAGGAGCGCGAGCGCCAACGGCACGAGAACGAGGCGGCUGCGGCUGCUGGCGUCCGGGUCAAGAGCGUGGCGGAGGUGCUUGCGGAGAAGAUCUCCGGUCUGACUCUGGGUGACCGCAAGGAGACGGCCGAGGCCAGCACCGAGACGGUGACGAGCAAGCUGAGCAACAUGACGCUCCUGGGCGCAUCGUCGGUGACAUCGUCGGAGACGGCACCGGGCACGGUGAAGCAGCAGCGCACGAAGCCAUCGGCCCUGAACCUGGCGCCGAUCAACACCAAGUCAGUGGAGGCGCCGCAGCCGAGCGCAGCACUCCAGUCGCUCAAGACGGCGCGGUUCCUGCGGGAUCCGACCAGCAUCCUCUACCCCAAGGGUGUGAUGUCGCCCAACCCUGCGCUGAACCCGGCGGUCAACAAGAAGGGCAAUUUCAAGUACGACACGGGCUUCUUGCUGCAGUUCAAGGACGUCUUUGUCGAGAAGCCAUCGAUGGACUUUGACCAGCAGGUCAAGCAGCUGAUCGGCGACGGCGAGAGCACGCCUCGGGCAGGCUCACGCACUCCGGCCUCGGGCUCGGUUCGACAGAACUCGCGCAGUGCCGGCGGGACGACUGGCUUCACGAUGGGCGUGAUGGGCGAGUUUGCGUCCAAGACGCUGCCUCCGGGCACGACGUCGGACCAGCGGUUUGCCAUGUCGAACGGGUCGAUGCAGCGGCCACCAACGGCGGGCAUGGGUCCGUUCGGCCGUCCGGGCAGCUUUCCGGGCCCGGCACACAUGUCGCGGACGCCGUCGGCCAGCAUGGGUGGCGUGCCCAACUCGCCUCGGCAGAACAGCCGGUCGACGCGCGGCAACAGCCGGCGGGAUAACUUUGGCGGGAAGAAUGAGGCACAGGCAGCCAAGACGAUGCCGCUGACGGCUGGUCAGGAACUGAAGCCGAUCGCGGUGUCAUCCAACGGCUGGAAGCCCACUAGCAUUGGGAGCCGGGCGGUGCAGGCGCCGAUGGUGACGGCGGCCGGAAUGCUGGACCCGACAAUGGUGCAGCGCAAGGUCAAGGCGGCGCUGAACAAGAUGACGCCGGAGAAGUUCGACAAGAUCUCGGACCAGAUCCUGGAGAUUGCGCUGCAGUCCAAGGACGAGGAGGACGGCCGGACGCUGCGGCAGGUGAUUCAGCUGACGUUUGAGAAGGCGACGGACGAAGCGCACUGGGCGUCUAUGUACGCGCGGUUCUGCAAGCGAAUGCUCGACAUGAUGAGCCCGGAGAUCCGGGACACGACGAUCAAGGACAAGAAGGGCGACGUUAUCAGCGGCGGCACUCUGUUCCGCAAGUAUCUGCUCAACCGGUGUCAGGAGGAGUUUGAGCGAGGCUGGAAGGUGGACCUGCCGAAGCCGAAGGAGGGCGAGUCGACCGAGGCAGUGAUGCUGUCGGACGAGUACUACGAGGCGAUGGCGGCGAAGCGACGCGGCCUAGGCCUGGUGCAGUUCAUUGGCGAGCUGUACAAGCUAGGGAUGCUGACGGAGCGGAUCAUGCACGAGUGUGUGCGGAAGCUGGUGGACUACGAGUCGGUGCCAGACGAGGCCGAGAUCGAGUCGCUGUCGAAGCUGCUGCGGACAGUCGGAGGCAAUCUGGACCGGACAGAGAAGGGCCGUCCGAUGAUGGACGCCUACUUUGUGCGGAUCAAGAACAUGGUCGAUUUUCCGGACCUGCCGAGCCGGCUCAAGUACAUGUUGAUGGACAUUCUGGACUUGCGGUCGGGCAACUGGGCGGCGGCCGAGCUGAACAAGGGGCCGAAGACGCUGGAGGAAGUGCGACAGGAAGCCGAAGCGGCAGCAGCACAGAAGGCGGCCGAGGCAGCCCGGAGCACGAGCCAACGGGGACCGGGUGGCCGGUCGGGCAUGGGAGGUCGCAACGACAACCGCAACUUCUCGUACAGCCAGCCGGUACAGAACCAGGUCGGCAUGGACGAUCUGCGGCGGUUGAAGGGGUCGGCGAGCCGGAUUGCGAGCUCGAGCGUGCCGACGUUGGGGCCGACAUCGAUGUUUGCGUCUCGGAGCAACAGCGGUCGGCGAAACGGCCCUGGUGGCUCGUUUGGCCGUCCUGGCGACGACUCGGGCCCGGGAUCGCGGGCAGGGACACCGCUGACGCGCAGCGACUCGAAUUCGGUGUCGCAUGCGAAUGCGUUUUCUGCCCUCGCCAUGGAUACGGACACGCCCACGUCGCCUCCUUCCACGGCCGCCUCGCCUGCCAUUUCCAAGGCCAAUUUGGACAAGGCCAAGAAGGACGGCAACUGA